AUGGGGUCUCACCAUUCUAGUAUAGCUCAAUGGUGUAAUAUACCUAUUUCUGGAAAUUGUAAUGCGAUAGGUGCAUCUUUUGAAACUCCACCAUCUGGAUAUUUAGGAUUUACUUCUGGUCUAGCUAUAAAAGUAGUUCCACCUCAAAAUAUUGAUAGUAUAAAUUAUUAUAUAUAUAGUAGUGAUCAGAUUGUAGCUCAAAUUACAUGUGUAGAGGGGAGUAUAACUAUGUCAAUUUGCGGACAGAGUGCCUCAUCAGGAGCUCCAGAUCCAGGAUCAUACUCAUAUUGUUCAAUGAUAAUAGGUUUAAGUAAUGGUAAUCUAGUAGUGAGCCCUCCUGGAUAUCCUGAUGCAAGUUUAAUAUCAUUACCAAAUUGUAAUUUAAUUUCAUCUGGUGGGGGUACAAAAAUAAAAUCAUCAUCAAGUAAUACUGUGAGUUGGUCGUGGUGUACUAAUUAUAAUCCUAUAUCCCCAAAUGCGAAUAGACCUACUUCUACAGGUGUUAAUAAUAUCAUACCUGCUCUUGCAUUACCAACAACUACAACUACAACUAAAACUACAACUAAAACUACAACUAAAACUACAACUAAAACUAAAACUAAAACUAAAACUACAACUACAACUGCAACAACUACAACUACUACUCAGCCUAAGUUAAUUGAAAAUGGUUCAAGUUAUGUAAUUGUUCCUAGUAUUCAAAGUAUUACUGCUUCAAUAUCUUUUACUAUUAAUAUUGGAGAUUUAUAUGAAAAGAGUGCUUUAGCUAUUCUAAAUGAUAAUUCAGGUAAUGAGUUGGUUAGUAUCUCAUUUAAUAGCUGCUGUGUAAAAUUAUCUACUAAUAAUGGAAAUAUUUAUGACAAAGCAAAAUAUAGCUCCUUUGAUAUUUCAAGUUCUUCAGUACUAUUUUCUCUAGGUUGGACUGCAAGCUUUUUUUAUCUUAUUUUAACUUCUAGUUGGACUAUAAUUGCACAGAUCCCUACUUUAAAUUCUACAAAUACACCACCUGCUUCUAUUAGCUUAACUUCUAAUGGAAAUGAUUUAUCGACAACAUGGACUUACAAAACCUUAUUUAGUCCCCCUCAAGCUUCAUAUUGUUCAAUUAAUGGAGUUAAUAGAUCAUGUAAAGCUACUGGUACCCAGUUCCAAGAUUUUUGGUCAGCAGAUUCCACCUUUCUUCGAUAUGGAUUUUUAGCUCCUAGUAUAAAUAAUUAUCCGAUAGUCUUAUCCAUUUAUGUAGGAUCAGUUGAAGUUAUUAGUAUUAGUUUUACUAAUAUUGGUAUUAUAUUGACUAGCCAAUAUACAGGAUCCUCAGUAUCAUAUUUAUAUAGAGAUCCACCCUCUGAAGGUAGUUGGAUAGCUGGAGAUCUUUUUUAUUUAAGCCCUAGUUUGUAUUCAGUCUUGAAUACAUUGUCUCAAGCUACAUCAUGCUUAGUAAAUGAACCUUCUUGUCCCAAUACAGAAUAUAAUUCCUGGAUGAGUUUAUCCUUAGAAAAUACCCUACUUACUUAUGCUUACUUAGCUUCUCAAUCAGCAACUACAGGAGCUUCUAAUAUUGGGGACUCAGUUUUCUUCCUUGGAUACAAUGGUAAUAUUAUUGGUAAUAUAACUAUUUCAAGUCAUUCAACUUUUACAUCUAUUACAAGUGUAAAUAGUCCUGUUAUUCAACCUAUUCUUUAUUAUAAGCUAGUCUCUGGCGUUGCUCCUGAGAUAAAUGUAGGUAAUAGUAUACUAUCCAAUGUUAAGACUCAUAUUUUAGAUAAUAAACCAAUGUAUACUAAUAACAAAAAAAGUGAAAAUGAUACUACUACCAAUGAAACUAAUACUCAUGAGACUAGUACACAUAAAAGUUGGUUACAGGAAUUACUUUCAUGGUUUUAG